AUGUACUAUGCGGACUCCAGCGAGGAGGAUGCGCCACCUCGCAUGAACUGGCGCCAGCUCAGCAAGCACCUGGUGCGCAUGUUGGAGAGCGCAGGUGGGGCAGAGGGGUCUGGUCCGGGGACGAGCGGGGCCCCGCCCCUGCCCCACCCCCCACCCGACGUGUGGCGGGAGCUGGGGCAGCGCUGCCCUGAGGCCGCCGAGGCUGCCAGGCAGGCCCUGGACACGGCCAGCGCCGCGCGGUACUUCCCAGACCGCCCCUCGGGCGUGUGGGAGGAGAGCACCGCCCUCGCGAACGCUGCACUGGCGCUGGCAGCGGGCCAGGUGCUGGUGCAGAACGUCUCGAGCCUGCCACCUGAAGAGCGGGAGAGGCUGGGGUUGGGGCCGGCUGCGCCGCUGGAUGUGACGGCUGUGGUGGAGCGACUGAGGCUGGGAGCAGGGCCCGGCUUGCGUGGCACCCCGGCAUGA